AGGAGUCACCUCGCCAGAGCGUGUUGUUAGAGCUGUUCGGAGCGGUGGGUUUGGGCUGCCGCUGCGGUUUCGUAUUAUAUUAUUCUGUGUCGCUAUUUGCAAGAGUUUGAAAAGGAGAAGGAGAGAAUAAAAAAAAGGGGGGAAUAAACAACUCAAUCAAUCAAGAUCCUGUUUCUUCUUUUUUCUAGAAAAGAUUUUUUUUAAAAAAGAGGAAGGAGAACAAGAGCCAUUUAAAGGGGAAGCAAGAAGAGGGGGGGAAAAACCCCACAACAAAAGGUUGUUGCACUUAGACCUCUGAAGACGCUUAUAAUUGCUAGGGCAAAGACGGGAGUAACAACAGCCAGUUCUUUUCAUUCGGGAGUUCCUGGUUGCUAUAAAGACGAGGAUUUCUGCUUCUUUUUCUCUGCCUGCCUCGUUGCGAAGGGCCGACAACUAAGAUCAAUAAAAGUUUUCAAACGGAAGAGGCGGCUGCGAGAGCGAUCACUGCGGGAGAGGAUCGCAUCGGGUAUGAACGGAGUUUCCCUUUCCUUUUCUUGCCAUCUAGGGGGAUCGGAGGAGGGUCGAUCGCAGUGGUAAAGGGGGAAGAGCGAGCGAGCGAGCGGGAGCGACUGAGAGCGAGCGAGCGAGGCAGCCGCAGCCGCGCAGGAGAAGAAGCCUUCCGAACGCCGGGACUUCUUCGGCGCAAGGGACUUGUCCGAAACCUCCGAGUGCAGGCCGAAAGCCGCCCCGGAGCGUCGAGAGCGCGGAUCGCUCAGGGCCCUGGGCGUGGGAGCGCCGGCUCGGUGGGAAUUGGCCGCGGUUUCCCGGCGAUGAUGGACGUCGGUCAGUGACAGCCCCUGUGGAAUGUGGCACGGGCCCCCUUCUGCCGGGGACAUCGCCGCCGCCGCCUCCUGUUACUCCUCGCCCUCGCCGUCGUCUUGUGUGUUCACUCCGGUCCCUGGGGUGGCAGAGUACGGGCAGAGCCGGAGACGCUCCUCCACACACGGGCGUCGGGCAGGUCCGUCCUCCGCCUCCAUCUCCUUUGCAUUGUUGCAAUUACAAUCAAUGAACCGAGUUUUCCUUCUGGCCCAAAGCACCCACUAAAUCGGUUUGGAUGAUUCGCGAUCUGAGCAAGAUGUACCCUCAAACCAGACACCCGGCACCGCAUCAGCCCGCUCAACCCUUCAAAUUUACCAUUUCUGAAUCCUGCGAUCGGAUUAAGGAGGAGUUUCAGUUUUUACAGGCUCAGUACCACAGUUUAAAGCUAGAAUGUGAAAAACUGGCCAGUGAAAAGACAGAGAUGCAGCGACAUUAUGUCAUGUAUUAUGAAAUGUCGUAUGGGUUGAAUAUAGAGAUGCAUAAACAGGCAGAAAUUGUCAAGAGGCUGAAUGCCAUAUGUGCCCAAGUCAUUCCCUUCUUAUCCCAGGAGCACCAGCAACAAGUGGUGCAGGCUGUGGAACGUGCCAAGCAAGUGACCAUGGCAGAACUGAACGCAAUCAUUGGGCAGCAGCAACUCCAGGCCCAGCAUUUGUCACAUGGACAUGGUCUCCCAGUGCCUCUCACACCACACCCUUCCGGAUUGCAGCCACCAGCCAUCCCACCCAUUGGCAGCAGCGCUGGCCUUUUAGCCUUGUCAAGCGCCCUUGGGGGACAGUCCCACCUGCCGAUCAAAGAUGAAAAGAAACAUCAUGAUAACGAUCACCAAAGAGACAGAGACUCCAUAAAGAGCUCAUCUGUGUCUCCAUCAGCCAGUUUCAGAGCCUCUGAGAAGCACAGAAACUCAUCAGACUACUCCUCUGAAAGCAAAAAACAGAAAACAGAAGAAAAAGAAAUAGCAACUCGUUAUGACAGUGAUGCUGAAAAGAGUGAUGAUAACUUGGUGGUUGAUGUUUCCAAUGAGGAUCCAUCAUCUCCACGAGGAAGCCCAGCGCAUUCUCCAAGGGAGAAUGGCUUGGACAAGACUCGUCUACUCAAGAAAGAUGCACCAAUUAGCCCAGCUUCAAUAGCAUCUUCCAGCAGCACUCCUUCCUCCAAAUCCAAAGAACUUAGCCUUAAUGAGAAAUCCACCACCCCUGUGUCUAAAUCCAGUACCCCCACUCCACGGACUGAUGCUCCGACUCCAGGCAGUAAUUCUACACCCGGAUUGAGGCCUGUUCCUGGCAAACCACCAGGGGUCGACCCAUUAGCUUCUGGCCUAAGAACACCCAUGGCAGUACCUUGUCCUUACCCUGCCCCAUUUGGAAUCGUACCCCAUGCUGGGAUGAACGGCGAGCUGACCAGUCCCGGAGCUGCCUAUGCGGGUCUGCAUAACAUCUCUCCUCAAAUGAGUGCAGCAGCAGCAGCUGCAGCAGCUGCUGCAGCUUAUGGAAGGUCUCCAGUGGUUGGUUUUGAUCCACAUCAUCAUAUGCGAGUCCCCGGCAUCCCUCCCAAUCUGACAGGCAUUCCAGGAGGAAAACCAGCAUACUCAUUUCAUGUGAGCGCCGAUGGUCAAAUGCAGCCUGUACCUUUCCCUCCUGAUGCCCUCAUUGGGCCAGGAAUCCCACGUCAUGCUCGACAGAUUAACACCCUGAACCAUGGGGAAGUUGUAUGUGCAGUUACUAUUAGCAACCCUACAAGGCAUGUGUAUACAGGUGGAAAAGGAUGUGUCAAGGUCUGGGAUAUCAGUCAUCCAGGAAACAAAAGCCCUGUGUCUCAGCUGGAUUGUCUGAACAGAGAUAACUACAUCCGCUCCUGCAGAUUGCUCCCCGACGGCCGCACCCUGAUCGUCGGUGGGGAAGCCAGCACAUUAUCCAUUUGGGACCUGGCAGCCCCGACUCCACGUAUCAAAGCGGAGCUGACGUCCUCUGCUCCUGCCUGCUAUGCUCUUGCAAUCAGCCCUGAUUCCAAGGUCUGCUUCUCUUGCUGUAGUGAUGGAAACAUAGCAGUGUGGGAUCUGCACAAUCAGACACUAGUCAGGCAAUUCCAGGGCCAUACAGAUGGAGCCAGCUGCAUUGACAUUUCUAAUGAUGGUACCAAGCUCUGGACGGGAGGCCUGGACAAUACAGUGAGAUCCUGGGACCUGAGGGAAGGGAGACAGCUACAGCAGCACGACUUCACAUCGCAGAUCUUCUCACUGGGCUAUUGCCCAACUGGAGAAUGGUUGGCAGUAGGAAUGGAGAACAGCAAUGUUGAAGUGCUGCAUGUCACGAAACCAGACAAGUAUCAGCUGCAUCUUCAUGAGAGUUGUGUGCUCUCCCUGAAAUUCGCUCACUGUGGCAAAUGGUUUGUAAGCACUGGAAAAGAUAAUCUUCUGAAUGCAUGGAGAACACCUUAUGGAGCCAGUAUAUUCCAGUCCAAAGAGUCAUCGUCUGUGCUUAGCUGUGACAUCUCUGUGGAUGACAAAUACAUUGUCACUGGCUCUGGGGACAAGAAGGCUACAGUCUAUGAAGUUAUUUAUUAGAGACAAAUCUGAAUGAAAACCGUACUCCUCCUUGUAGCACUUUGCUGUAUAUUACUUUUAUUUUUCUCUUUCCCAAACCGAGGACUAAAAAUGUUCAUCACAAUUGUGGAAUUUCCCCACUAGACUUGCUAUUUAAUAGCAAGCAGACGUUAAGAACUUGUAAUACCAAAUCUCCAGCUAUCUACUUGGAAGAAGAUGGAAUAAGCAUACUUAACAGGGAACUGACUCUUUUAAUUAUGUAUCAUAGCUGUAAUGUAUUUAUUUUGUUUAAAGAAAUCUUUCUAACAAGGAACUGACUAAAUAAAGUGGUCUGCUUCUGCCUUGGAUUUGAAGAGAGAAGUACAAUAACGUGUCUCAAAGAAUCACCUUCAUCCCUUCUGGACGUUUUUGCCACAUUUCUUUGAAAAGGGAGAUGUGCGUCUUUGGGCAAUUUUGCAGUUACAAAGAUUACAGAAAAAUAUUUGAUACAUUCAUUGGAAAUGGCACUGAGAAGGGAAUGGAUUUCUACAAGUGUACAAACUAUAAAAGCGAGGACCUCAGAGGUAGGAGUUAGAAGAGCACUCAUUCUGAAGUGCGGAACAGAAUGGAUUUUCACUCGGGAGAAGGACUUGCUUUAUUUACUGCCAGUUCUAUCCAAGUCUUAGUUGAACGUCCCUGCAAUGGACGCAGGCUGAGCCAUUGUGCCAGAAAACAUUGUGUUAUCUUUUUAUGUUGUUGUUGUUGCUGUUAAACUAUGACCUGUGACAUAUUUUUUUUUGAAUGCUUUAAAAAAAAAAUCUUUAAGUCUGUGGAUCUGCUGAUGUACAGUGCCUUUGCUGCUAUGGAUCAAAAUCAAAAGAACUGUGUAGAUAAACCUUUAUUGUGUAAGUAGAAAAUUACUUAAUUUCAUACUAGAAAUUGGUUAAUGCUGCAAGUUGAAAUGGACUGUUCAUUGAAGUUCCAAAUGUGGUAGCAAAAAAAAAAUUGUGUUAAGUGCUCAGUGUUUGAUGUCAUUAACAGUUUCGUAAUACUCUACAGUGUAGAAAGAUUUUGAUACUAAACUGUGUCAUUGUACAUAGUUCUAAUGCAUUGUAUUGACCACAAGUACUUCUAUAAUGGUAGAUUAUUGUUUGUGCAUUCAAACUUUUAAGCAUUAAACAUAAGUAACUUGUAAGAUGUGGUUUUCCUAGCUUUUCCCUUUUUCUUGUGCAUUGCAAAAU